GUUCCCUUGGGGACAAAAAGGCGCCAAGCACCAGCAUUCAUUGCACAUUAUACACCCGACGGCGCGCGUGAGCUCGCGCAGCUGUGCUGCUGCGCUGCAGAAGCUCAAACAAUAAAUAGCUGUGGCAAACUCAUAUGAUGCUAAGCAGAGUCUACCGCAGCCUACGCGCAUCGCUGGGCAAGCUCCGGCGGCUAUUGCCUGGCAGCACUCGAUAUGAGCACGAACCAGCCACGCCCUCGGCUGCGGUAUUGGAGACGCAUCUCGUCGAGGCGGUCGCCGCGCACCUCGAGCUCGGCGACAUGGCGCGCCUUGCGCUCGCGAGCACGCGCUGCCGGCGCGAGACGCUGUCGACCCUGAGCCGCGUGGAUUUCGGCUGGCCGGUGCAGCGCGACCCGAAGCCAAUCGUCAAGGCGCUGGCUCGGUCGUGGACGGCCCUCCGGUCGGCUUCGUUCGGAAACCUAAGCAGCCACUUGGUCACCGACGACCUCGCGGUCUACUUGCUCCGGAAAUGCCGAACGCUGCGCGUCGUGGAGUUCUGGGGCUGCGACUACGUGACGGACGCGGUCGCGAAGGCCAUCGCCCGCUACCUGCCGCGGAUGGAGCAGGUGGCGUUCUGCGAGUGUAAAUUAAUCGGCGACCCUGCCGCCCAUGCCCUCGCGCGCCGCUGCUCUAAGCUGCGGGAGCUGGAACUGGAAUCAUGCGCGGUAACGGACGACGGCCUCCGGGCGUUCAAAGGUAAGCGCAUGACUGAUCUCGAGAGUCUCGGUUUGAACAAUCUAGGGUCUUAUGCUAAUCGCAUUUCUGACGUGUCCGUCGUGCCUAUAAUUCAAGGAACGUCGGGUCUUCUGCACACUGUCCAUUUGUUUCGUUCUGCAGUCGGCGACGCGACGGUCGAGGCCAUCGCCCGCAACUGCCCCGCCUUGGAGUACCUCGGCCUGUUCGGCUGCGAUGCGGUCACGGACGCGUCCGUCAUCCUGCUGGCUUCGGGGUGCCCCCGCCUUGAGAACCUGUUUUUGACCUCGCGACGCGUUUCCGAUCGGUCCAUCAUUCCUAUGCUGCAGAGCUGUCCAGAACUGAAGUUCUUGGAUUUGCGGGGUCCUGAACUGACCGACGCCUUCGUGGAACAGCUUAUUCGCCAGCCCCCGCGGCGCAUGGUAGCAAGAGAAUAUUCGCGGAUUUCUAUUCAUAACGGCCCGUCGAGGGAACGUCUAUUCGCGUUUCACCAGCUCUGCCACAGAAAUGUCACGAUAUUUGUGGGCGAGUGGGAACUUAACCGCGAUGAGAACGAAUGGCGUUGCGCGAGAUAUGCCAGCAACGUCUUUCAGCCGGCGCCCGCGCCCGCACCGCCUACCCCGGGCGGUUUCUCGAGCGACGAGUCC